GCUGAGGUCGAGGUUUCGUAAAGGGGCGUUCACAUCGAGCGAAUUUUCGUUCGAACGACAGGGAUCGAUCGAAUCGAGGAUAGACGAGUUACUUUCUAUCGAACGAAUCUUCGUGAAUCGUUCUUCGAUUUAUUUUGACGUUUUUUUGGGGGUUUAUUUAUUUUAGAUAUUUUUAGAUUUCUCGCCACAGACGGGAAAGAGAAAAGAUGAUCGAUUCGGUUGUUGGAGUAAAAUUCGUCUUGGUGCAAGCGUGGCGUAAGGUCACUAUAUAAAGCUGAGAAGUUCGAUACGUUUAGUAGUUUCAGUCGUUGAUCGUUCGAAAAAGUCUCGAAUCAAAUAUGUCUCGAAUCAUCUUCAUUUUGCUCGCCGCUAUGGCGAUUUUCUCCAGUUCAUUUGGCGAGGAGUGUGGACCAAACGAGGUGUUCAAUACGUGUGGAUCGGCGUGCGCACCCACAUGUGCCCAGCCAAAAACGCGUAUUUGUACCAUGCAAUGUCGUAUCGGUUGUCAGUGUCAGGAAGGAUUCUUGAGAAAUGGCGAAGGGGCAUGUGUCCUUCCAGAAAAUUGUUAAAAUUCCCCGUUUAAUUGGAAUUCGCUUUCUUUCGUUUUCUUUCGCUUUUUUUGUUUCUUUGUUUUCUUGUUUGCUUUGCAGUGUUAUCUUCUUUUAAUUCAAAACAAACAUGUAUAUAUAUAUAUAUAUAAACAAUAAAUAAUAAACUAUCGUUUCAAAACUUU